CUCUAAAAUUCAAUCAGACAACACAAACCCAGACGCCACAUUACGUCCACCCAAGACUCGACGAGCCUAAUCAUACCUUAAAGACGGACGAAGCCUCCAAUGGCCUCCACUUCCGAAGAACAGUCACCAACGAUCCCACCCGUCCUCUUUCGCUCCAACAGGAAGCGCAAACCGGGCUACAGGCAACGACCCGAAAGUCAGGAUAUCGACAUCAAAGACACAACCACAAGCCCUGAACCAUCAUCAACACCCGCAGACCGAAACCUUCCCACCGAGUCGACCGAACCACGCCUCCCCACCGACCCACCGACGGCCUUGACCCAAGCCCAAGUUGACGACGACCCGGAUCCCUCUUCCCAGUCUAUCGCGGAGGCCCUCCGCCUCCGCAACCUCCGCAAAUCCAGACUCAAAGGUGUGGGAUUCCGGCCACAGGGAUCCCAAGACGGACGAAACGCCAGAGACGAUGACGCGAAUCAGGAGCGCAGCCUUGUUCAGGGCAACCAGGAUGGCGAUGCCGUCGACCUCGGUAUCCAUGGGCGCUUCGCCCCUCAGACGGGUAUCGUGGGCGAGCUCGUGAACAAGCACAUGAUGGAAUACAUAGAAUCCAAGCUGUCUAACCGCCGCGCGGCGGCCGCGCAAACCACCGCCGCCAUGGACCAAGAACACGCCAGCUUCGACCCAUCAUCAUCCGGCCACGAACCCAGGUCACCCGGCACCGUCAUCCCGAGCAUCGAGACCAAGCGCGACCCCCGCGUCGCCGCCAUCCGCGGCCGUCUCAUGGAAGUCGACCUCGGCGAAGAAGCCCGCGCCCGCAACAUCGCCCUCACCGAGCGCGCCCGCCGCCGCCUCGCCUCCUUGGCCGCAGACGACCACUCCCCGUCCCCCGGCGUGACGGACGAUGCAGCAGCAACGGCGGCAGCCGAAGCAGGAGACGACCCCCAGGGCCUCAACGGUUCCCGCGCGAAGAAGGAGCGUUUCGGAUCCGACGGGAAAUCGCGGCGCUCACGACAGCGUCGCGCCAGCGAGGACCUGGAGCGUGAUCGUCUUGUGGAAGAAUUCUUACGGGAAAAUAAACUCGACGUCUAUGACCUCCCAGACCAGGAAGAAGACCCCAAGCAGAACGCCGGAAAAGACGAUGAAAAUCUCGGCGCCGACGACCGCCUCGUCGAGGCAUUUCGCCGCGAGUUCCUGGAAGCCAUGUCCCUGCGCCGGAGGCAGCAUCAGCAGCGCCGCCGCCGUCCCGCCAACCCGGCCGGCAGCUACAACAGCAGGGUUGAGAAGGGCGAAGUGCUCCGGGGACCCAAGUUGGGCGGUAGUCGGAACGAGAGGGCAGCCAUGCGGGAUCUCCUGUUGCAGCAGGAGAAAGAGAAGAGGCAGGCCACGAAAAGGUAGACCGUCCCCAAGCGUCCGGGCCUACCUGAUCACGAAAUUGAUACCCAUGUCUAUUGUUCCCUGCACAGCAAGUUUUUUCGGCCCCGGGUAAUCGUCGUGGAUUGUGUCCUAAAAAUCGCUGCGCAAACUCGAAGGCCCAUGAUGGUAAUAAUACGAUAUCUAUGGAGAGCCAGUUGCCUCAUGCAGUCCAGUUUGACGGGGAGUAGCAACCCUAUCCGAUGUUGAGAACUAUUUCUGCUGUAUAACCAAGAGCAUGUUCGAUCGCGAAGUAUAUGCAUGGCCGGCAUGUUCAUCAAAAUUCCUCCGUUCAUAACCAAAACGUGACCCGAUAAAGAUAAAAAAUAGCCA